AUGGCCAACGUUAACGGGAGCUUCGUCUCGCCCUCCGCCGAUGCGACGGUCGUUCCCCAGCUUUUUGCGCCGGCCGGCCUUGUCGCCUCUGUGCUCGAUGGCUUCACGAUCUGGAAGCUGCUGGUGACUUUGUUCCUGGCUGCAGUCGUCUACGAUCAGUUCAAGUACCACUACUACAAGGGCUCCAUCGUCGGUCCCGCGUAUAAGAUCCCAUUCAUGGGCCCGUUCCUGCAAUCGGUCAAUCCCAAGUUCCACGAAUACAAGGCCAAAUGGGACAGCGGCGAACUGAGCUGUGUCUCCGUCUUCCACAAGUUCGUCGUUAUUGCGUCGACUCGGGACAUGUCCCGGAAGAUCUUCAACUCGCCCACCUACGUGAAACCAUGUGUAGUGGACGCUGCCCACAAGCUUCUCGGAAAGACUAACUGGGUGUUCCUGGAUGGCAAGGCCCACGUUGACUACCGCAAGGGUCUCAAUGGCCUUUUCACCCGCCAGGCUUUGUCCUGCUACAUGCCCCGCGUCGAGGAGGUCUUCGACGAGUACUUCAAGCGCUUCCUGGACAAGUCCGCUGCCGCUGAACACAAGCCCACUCCCUGGAUGCCUCAGUUCCGUGAGCUGAUGACUGCUCUUGCCUGCCGCACCUUCGUUGGUUACUACAUGUCCGAGGAGGCCGUCCAGAAGGUCGCGGACGACUACUACCUGAUCACCGCUGCCCUGGAGCUGGUCAACUUCCCUAUCAUUCUGCCCUACACCAAGACCUGGUACGGCAAGAAGGCCGCCGAUAUGGUUCUGGAUGAGUUCUCCAAGUGUACCGCGAAGUCCAAGGCUCGCAUGGCCGCCGGUGGUGAGGUUUCGUGCAUUAUGGACGCCUGGGUCAAGGCCCAGCAGGACUCCGCCAAGUACCGUGAGAGAAUUGCCCGGGGUGAGCAGGUUGACCCCUCCGAGAAGCCUCCUCAGGUCCUGCGUGACUUCUCCGAUUUUGAGAUUGCCCAGACUAUCUUUACCUUCCUCUUCGCCUCGCAGGACGCCACCAGUGCCGCCACUACCUGGUUGUUCCAGCUGAUGGCUGACCGCCCCGAUCUCCUAGAGAAGGUCCGCGAGGAGAACCUCCGUGUCCGUAACGGUGACCGCAGUGUUCCCAUCUCGCUCGAGCUGAUCGAUCAGAUGACCUACACCCGCGCUGUUGUCAAGGAGACCCUGCGUUAUCGUCCUCCCGUCAUCAUGGUGCCUUACCUCGUCAAGAAGGACUUCCCCAUCACCGACAAGAUCACUGUCUCUAAGGGCUCUAUGAUUAUUCCUUCUGUCUGGCCCGCCACUCACGACGAGGAGGCCUACCCCAACGCCGACUCCUUCGAGCCCGAGCGAUGGAUCACCGGUGAUGCCGAGCAGCAGUCCAAGAACUGGCUGGUUUUCGGCACCGGUCCCCACUACUGCCUGGGCCAGAACUACGCCGUUUCCUCGCUGAUUGCCAUGAUCGGUAAGGCCAGUCUGGAGAUGGACUGGGAGCACACCCCGACUCCCCAGUCUGAGGACAUCAAGGUGUUUGCCACCAUUUUCCCUCAGGACGACUGCUUGCUGAGCUUCCGCCCUCGCUCCUAA